CAAGCUUCCUGUUACGCCGAACGCUCGUUCACUUUGUUCAAGUCUGUCGCCGGAAUAGCAUAGACUUUGUGAUUUCUCAUUCAAUUUAUUCGAGACUCGUAUAAAGCAAGAUGGGUAAGGAAAAGAUUCACAUCAACAUUGUCGUGAUUGGACACGUCGACUCUGGCAAGUCCACCACCACCGGUCACUUGAUCUACAAGUGCGGUGGUAUCGACAAGCGUACCAUUGAGAAGUUCGAGAAGGAGGCUCAGGAAAUGGGCAAGGGCUCGUUCAAGUACGCAUGGGUUUUGGAUAAAUUGAAGGCCGAGCGUGAGCGUGGUAUCACCAUUGAUAUCGCCCUGUGGAAGUUCGAGACUGCUAAGUACUAUGUGACUAUCAUUGAUGCUCCUGGCCACAGAGAUUUCAUCAAGAACAUGAUCACUGGUACCUCCCAGGCUGAUUGUGCUGUCUUGAUUGUUGCUGCUGGUACUGGUGAAUUCGAGGCCGGUAUCUCCAAGAACGGUCAGACUCGCGAGCACGCCCUGCUUGCCUUCACCCUGGGUGUCAAGCAGCUGAUUGUUGGCGUCAACAAGAUGGAUUCGUCUGAGCCACCAUACAGCGAGGCCCGUUAUGAGGAAAUCAAGAAGGAGGUGUCUUCAUACAUCAAGAAGAUCGGCUACAACCCGGCGGCCGUUGCCUUCGUGCCCAUCUCCGGAUGGCACGGCGACAACAUGUUGGAACCAUCGACCAACAUGCCCUGGUUCAAGGGAUGGAAGGUGGAGCGCAAGGAGGGUAACGCCGAUGGCAAGACCCUCAUCGAAGCCCUCGAUGCUAUCCUGCCACCCUCCCGCCCAACUGAGAAGCCCCUGCGUCUGCCCCUGCAGGAUGUCUACAAAAUUGGCGGUAUUGGAACAGUACCCGUCGGUCGUGUUGAGACUGGUGUCCUGAAGCCAGGCUGCGUUGUUGUCUUCGCCCCAGCUAACAUCACCACUGAGGUCAAGUCCGUGGAGAUGCACCACGAAGCCCUCACCGAGGCCGUUCCCGGCGACAAUGUUGGUUUCAACGUUAAGAACGUCUCCGUCAAGGAGCUGCGCCGUGGCUACGUUGCCGGUGACUCAAAGGCCAGCCCCCCCAAAGGUGCUGCCGAUUUCACCGCUCAGGUCAUCGUGCUGAACCACCCUGGCCAGAUUGCCAACGGCUACACUCCAGUGUUGGAUUGCCACACCGCUCACAUUGCUUGCAAGUUCGCUGAGAUCAAGGAGAAGGUCGACCGUCGUUCCGGCAAGACCACCGAGGAGAACCCCAAGUUCAUCAAGUCUGGUGAUGCCGCCAUCGUCAACUUGGUGCCCUCCAAGCCUCUGUGCGUUGAGUCCUUCCAGGAGUUCCCUCCUCUGGGACGUUUCGCUGUGCGUGACAUGAGACAGACUGUCGCUGUCGGUGUCAUCAAGGCUGUCAACUUCAAGGAUGCUUCUGGUGGCAAGGUCACCAAGGCCGCCGAGAAGGCCACCAAGGGCAAGAAGUAGCAAGUUUCCAUCGAGAACAACAACAAUAACAUCAACUACAAUAACAACAGUAACGUGAUGAAGCAGCCACAACUCAGCAGCAACAGCAAUAACAACAGCAGCAGCAACAACAGCAACAAUGAUAAGCACAACAGUAGUAGAACACAUACACCUGUCCUGGGCAAGAUGAAUGAUAAGAUGAUGUUCCAGCAAAAGCAAAAGUUUAAUUUUUUCCAUCGCAAAGAGUUUCGUCGGAUACGAAUGUUAAACGCCAUCGCCGCCUAGACGAUUGAGAGGAGGAGCAACAGCCGCAGAAUACGAAAACUUUACACCCUCGAUCUUAAGUUUACCUACAUAUAUAUAUGAUAUUGUACUAAAUUGAUUUUAUAAUGAUAUCAUAUUUCAUAGUUCGUAUAAUUUGUGUAGCAGUAGCGCAGGCGUAUAGCAUUUAUAUAUUGUGUAUUUGUUAAAAUUAAAGUUUUGAUUUUCCUAUA